UGGGGGAGAGCAGAUGAGAAAGUGACGGCGUGUUAUUUUGGAGAGGAUCUUCAUUUGGUGUUGAGCAUCAGCAUCGGCGUUUGCGUGAAGAUGCCGAGGAGUUUACGCAGACUGGUGCACCUGGUGCUCUUCUGUCCCUUAUCGAAGGGUUUACAGGCCCGUUUGCCUGCAGUGAAGGUGAAGUACCUGUUGGUGGCGUGGUUUGGGAUUCUGGUGGCCAGCUGGGUGAUUUACAUGCAGUACUCCUCCUAUUCAGAGCUCUGCAGAGGACACGUCUGCACCAUGCUCAUCUGCGAUCAUUACCGUAGAGGGAUCAUCUCCGGGUCAGUGUGUAAAUCUCUGUGUGAGGAGAAAACUCUGUCUCUUCAUCACUGUCUUUCAACAUCCCCAACACACCAGGUGUACAGUGCUGUAUGGAAGGAGAAGGCUGUGUUAGUGAAGUGUGGGAUUGAAGAGAGCAUUAGAGGAGAAAAUGGUCUUGAUUCUCCAUUACGACAUGACAACAACCUCUACGACAAACCCACUCGCGGAACGUCCAUGGAUGAAUUCAGAGCGAUGCUGCAUGCCUUCCUCAAGGACAGUGUUGGAGAGCAGUCGUCUCUUAGCACGCUUGUAACUCGUGUGAUUUCUUUAGCGGAUGUCAACGGUGAUGGCAAAGUUUCAUUAGCGGAGGCGAAAUCAGUGUGGGCUUUGCUUCAGAUCAAUGAAUUUGUGUUAAUGGUGGCACUGCAGGAUAAAGAGCAUGCUCCCCACCUGCUGGGAUACUGUGGGGACCUUUAUGUGACUGAACACGUGGCACACAGUGCACUCUUCAGGCUGGAGGUGCCCGGCUGGCUGGAGCCAGUGUUUCCAGAAGCGCUGGCCAUAGCUCUUAACCAGUGGCUCGCUCCUGCAUGGCCCCGCAGGGCUAGAAUAACCAUUGGCCUGCUAGAGUUUGUAGAGGAGGUGUUUCAUGGCAUGUAUGGAAGCUUCUACAUAUGUGACGCAAGCCCGAGGCGGGUUGGCUACAAUGCGAAAUAUGACUUCAAGAUGGCAGAUCUUCAAAGCUUGGCAUCAGAGGCAACAGUAAAGGGGUUUCUACGAGGGAGAACUUGUGAGGCUAAUGCAGACUGUACUUAUGGACGUGAUUGCACUGCGACGUGUGACCGAUUAGCAAGGCAGUGCAACGUGGAGGUGGUGCAACCAAACCUGGCCAAGGUGUGCGCACUAUUACAAGACUUUCUGCUCUUCGGAGCACCAUCCGAUCUUAGGGAGGACCUGGAGAAACAGCUGCGCACAUGUGUCACACUCAGCGGACUUGCUUCGCAGAUGGAGGUGCAUCAUUCCCUUGUUCUGAACAACCUCAAAACGCUUCUUUGGAAGAAGAUCUCUGAUACCAAGUACUCUUGAGACCAACGUAGGGUUGAUUAAGAGAAAGGCAAUGAAGAGAACUGGAGGCUUCUAGGGAAAGAAGGUAGGGAUAGCAGAGCAGCCUUGGAAGACCAAGA